AUGGAUGAACCAUCAACAACCCCUACCAACAGCGAGUCUCGCUCGAGCUUUCCGAGAAAUCCUACAGAGUUUAACAGUGAUCCACGAAUAUCAUUUUCAAAGCUCGAUAAAAAAUAUAUUCUAGAAACUGAAGAUGGUGAUGAGUACUUGUAUGAUGAAAUUUUAAAGAGAUGGAUACCUUCGUUGGAUGACUCCCUCAUCGAACAACAAAGAGAAGCGUAUAAGGUUCAUGGUGUUGAUGAAAACGAAGUCGUUGUCAGGCCACCGAGGAAAAAGCGCAAGCAAAGCGAACAGGAAUCUGGAACUGGUACCGGUCACAAGCCUAGAAAACCCCGAACAAACUCGGCUGUAUAUAUCACGUCGAUCCCACUUGACGCUACUAUAGAUGAGAUCAUUGAUGUGUUUUGUAAAUGCGGGGUUAUCGCCGAGGAAAUCGACAGCCGUCGACCACGAAUUAAAAUGUACACUGAUGAGCAAGGUAAUUUUAAAGGGGAUGCGCUUGUUGUAUAUUUUCGACCUGAAUCGGUCCAUCUAGCUAUUCAGAUGUUGGAUGAUUCAGACUUUCGAUUUGGUGAAAUUGGCCCGCAAGGCAAGAUGAAGGUUCAGCAAGCAGAUUUUUCCUUCAAAGCUCAGCAAGAAGCACCUGAGAAGCCGAACGCUCGAGAUAAGGCGAGGAUCAUGAAAAAAACACAGCGACUUACGAGUAAACUAACAGACUGGGACGACGACGACGAUGCAGCUGCUCUUCAGAGUUCGGGGCGAUUUGAAAAAGUCGUGAUCCUCAAACACAUGUUCACUUUAGCGGAGCUUGAGGAUGACCCUGCCGCUAUUCUUGAUAUCAAGGAGGAUAUACGAGAAGAGUGUUCCAAAAUUGGGGUUGUUACCAAUGUUGUCUUAUAUGAUAAUGAAAAAUCAGGGGUUGUAACUGUCAGAUUCAAAAGCCCGGAAUCUGCUCAAGCCUGUGUCCGGAUGAUGCAUGGAAGGUUUUUUGGCGGUACACAGGUAGAAGCUUACAUGGCGAAUGGAGCAGAAAAGUUCAAAAAAUCGAGCAAUAGAAACCAUGAUUACGAGGACGAUGGCUCAGGUUGGGAAGUGGAUAAUGGAACCAGCGAAGAUGCGAAGCGGCUUGAGAAAUUUGGGUCAUGGAUAGAGAGCCGGAGACUAGAAGCGAAAAUAAGCUAG